AUGGCCGAGGAGAAGGUUGAACUCACUGAGCAGACCCCAUUGAAGGAAGAGGAGUCCAAGGAGGUAAAGGAAUCCACCGAAGCUACCAUCGAGACUCCAGUAGAGAAGAAGGAGGCAGAGAAGAAGAGAUGGUUCUUCAACAAGAAGGUAGGCAGUGGAGUUGAUACUGUAGGUGGUUGAAGGUUUGAAUUAGAGGUUAAUUUGAUUACAAUUGAUUAGGUGAUUACAGUAGACCAUACCAUGAUAACAGUAGGCCGUAACGUGUUAACAGUAAGGAAAGAUCCGGCUUCAUAGUAGUAGCUAGUAGUAGAAAGGUACUAUGAAUAAUAGAAAACACAACAAAGUCGAUGCUCCACAUACUAGAGACUGCUCUAAAACGCAUAGUAAGAACAUAUGACCAUACUAAGCGCUACACUAACUCUACAUAACUUCAACCUAACAACAAUGUACUAAUAAUAGGUCCAGUAGUUGUGUAUAUAUAAAUAUAGCAACCAGUAAUCGGCCAAAAAACAAACAAGCUCGCUUUAAUUAGCAUAAAAAUGCAAUUAAGACCUGACACAGUUCCUCGGCACUCUCUUUUGUCAUAAUAAUUAUGGUCUUAAGAUAAUUCGCUUCUUUUGUUUUGCCGCAUUUACGCCACACAUACGAUCGCGUUUCCACUGUAACAAUAGAACAUAUGUUUUUGGCAAAGUUUAUCGCUAAAUAGAGAUCAGGGUGGUGAGAAGACUGAUGGUAUUCAGCUAUUCGAUAUCGGAUAGAAUUACAUAUGUACUAUUAGGUCGUUCACUUAAUUCUGCGCCCCUGACACAAUAUUAUAUAGAAGGCCAGUAGAAAAUGAUGAAUAAACAGAGUCAAGAAGUAGUAGAAUAAAGAUAGAAACAAACAAAAUGACUAUUUCAAAACUUGUAGUAGUUUUUCAAUAUUAAGCUAAAGGUAAUGUCACAGUAUAAUAGUAGUAGAAAACAGAAUUCAGUACCUUUGCAAAGCCAGCAAGUUAAGCAGCGUUAAGUUAAUCCGAGUUUAUGCGGAACACGAAACCGAUUGGGCCGGAAAUAAUCAACGCAUCGAGGCGUUAAUGGUCAAAUCUUUGUCAUGGUAACAAGGGUAAUUUGCAUACGUCUUGAGGAGCUCAUUAAAGAACCUCUCGGAUUACGGUAGAGUUCUCUCCGGAGAGAUUUAGGUGCUACUGUGCGUUUUACAGGUACUAGAAAACGAUAACUACCUGAUUUUUUUUGCUUUAAAAAACUGAGCAAUCGUCUAUAUGUUAUGUAUAUAUUAGAUCCGAUAAGACAAUAUAAUCCAGUUUCUUGUGCCAAAAACAGUCUCACUCGCUGUAAACAUUGUGUUACAUUCUGGAGUGCCAAAUCGUAUAGUUUGACACGGAAACAACUCAUUAAUUUUGAGCCCCGGCAUUAGAGUGCCGCUCUCGAAUCUUUAAUUAAAGCAAUUCGAAUAGAAGGGCGGAUUAUCGGCGCGGAUUUGGAAUAGGGUUCAUAUUGGUUUCGUUUUCGCUGAAAUUUGCAUAUCGCCUAGAUAAAUGCUAAUAAUAGCGAGCAUUCUAUAACGGUUUUAGAAAACUAACUUAAGUUUAGAGGAAUUAGGCAGUAAAAGCAUAUUAUUGUAUGUAAAACAACAGAAAUGAAGAAGUCAUUGAAGUCAAUCCUAUAAUCAACAUUCAAACAUAUUUAACUUCAUCAUUUUCAGGCCAAGAAGGAAGAAAAGGUCACUGAAGAAGAAAAGCCAAAGGAAACCGAAGCCACCGACUCGACACCAGCUGAAAAGAAGGGCCAUUGGUGGCAACGCAAGCCAUGCUGCAAGACCGACGACGGCACUCAGCCAUCGUUCGGCCUCGACUUUGUCCACCGUGACGAGCAGAACCUUCACACAGCCAUCGACUUCGGCUUCAACGACGUCUUCGGUGAGCCAGAUGCCUUGCACUCGUGGAACUGCGUCUGGAAGACCACUCACAACGUCUUCACCGGCAUCCGCAACGCCUUCUUCAAGCUGUUCACCGUGAUCAUCUGUCUUCCCUCCGCCCUUUUCUUCGGAAUCCUCUCCGCCUUGUUCACCACCCUUUCCGUCUAUGUUGUGCUGCCGGCCGCUCGUGUUCUGUCGAUUCCAUUCUUCUGGAUCGUCGGAUUGUGGAAGUACUUGGUUGCCAAUGUUGUAGCCCCAUGCUUCGCGGCUGUUGGACAAUGUUGCGGCGGAAUCAGAAUCCAUAGAUACGGCCUCAACAACGACGCUACGGCGACAAUCGCUUGA